AUGGCUGCUACAUACCAGAACCCGAUCAUUCCAGGAUUUGCUCCAGACCCUUCCAUCUGCUUGAUCGAUGGCACUUUCUUCUUGGUGAACUCGAGCUUCCAUAUUUACCCCGGGUUGCCCAUUUAUAUGUCGGAUAACCUGAUUGAAUGGAAACAUAUCGGUAAUGCCAUCAAUAGACCAGGUCAACUGUCCCUAGCCCGAGCGACCACCUAUCUCGCACCCUGGGAUGAUGGAACGAUUAUGGUGGGCACAGGAGGACUGUACGCGCCCACAAUCCGUCAUCACAAUGGAAUUACCUACAUCAUCUGCACCAAUGUCAUUCAUGGCCCCUCCAACGAACCGGGAGAUGAGCGAACCGAACAAUUUAUUAUCCACACAACCGACAUUCGCUCAGGGAAGUGGUCAGAUCCAAUAGUCUUUGACUUCCCUGGGAUUGACCCGUCUCUGCUGUUCGAUGAUGGCCGAGUGUACGUGCAAUUAUGCAAGACAGGGCCCGAAUUUCAGAUUUACAACCUGGAAAUUGAUCUUCUGGCUGGAAGAAUGGUCGCGGAGCCGGCACUCAUCUGGACGGGAUGGAAGAAAGGAUAUACAGAGGGUCCACAUAUAUACAAGAAGGAUGGCUGGUACUAUCUGUUAUGUGCCGAAGGGGGCACAUUCCGAUACCACAUGCUGAGCAUGGCGCGAUCGAAGUCCAUCUGGGGACCUUACGAAGCGUUUGAGAUGAACCCACUGUACACCGCCAGCGGAACCACGCAGUAUGUUCAAAACACUGGCCACGGUGAUCUGUUCCAAGACCGAAAUGGGAAAUGGUGGGUAGUGAUGUUGGGCAUUCGCAGCAAGGAAGGACGAAGCAUCAUGGGAAGGGAGACAUUCUUGACGCCGGUGGAUUGGCCUUGCGACGGGUGGCCGAUUAUUGAGCCUGUUACCUGCAGGAAAGACUCAGGGGUAGCUCCCAACCAUCGGCUUGAUGAUUCACUUGCUGCUGUUGCCUGGGUCUAUCUGAGAGACGCUAAACUGGAUCGGUAUCACAUUCGGGACACCCACAUCACCCUGCGAGCAGAUCUGGUGGAACUCGCCAGCCCAGAUGAGUCCCCUGCGUUUGUUGGCCAGCGUCAACGAAGACUUGAAGGCACUGCUACAGUGACUUUGUAUAAACCACAACACUCCACCCCGGUCCACGCAGGCUUAUCUCUCUACAAAGACGAGCACCGACACUUCACGAUCGGCUACGACUUCCACCAGCAGCAAGUGGUUUUCAAGGGGUUGAAUCAGGCGAAAAGGUUUUCGCACACUAAGACCGAACGCGUCGAGGUCCAACAUUCUGUCUCUUUCAAACUUGCCUAUACCGAGGCGUGUUUACAGUUCCUGUUUCGGAUACAGGGAGAGCAUUGGCGUGAGUUGUCAACAAUUGACGCUGCAGUUCUGACGGACUAUGACUUCACUGGUCCGAUCUUCUGCUGUCCAGUCGGUGACUAG